CACAUUCAAGCUGCGAAGGAUGCUGUUAAACAGAAAACAGAAGACCUGCAAGAGUUAAAGAAGAAUAACAGUGAUAAGGCCUCUAUAGACAAUGCUCUUGAAGAACUCAACAAGGCAAAAGCUUUUCUUUCAAAAUUGGAAGAAACGACUAAACUGAAACCGGGACUUCUUCAAAAGGAUGGCAAAUUUGACUAUUCCACAGAUUUCUUCUCUCGACAGGCAUACUUAACUGUCUCUGGUCAAUUUCAUGUGGAAAGCUUUGCCCACGGCCUUAGCAGUGUGUACACGUUUGGGCCAACUUUCAGACCUGAAAUCUCUCCGAGCAGAAGACAUCUUGUAGAGCAUUGGAUGGUUGAGCCAAAAAUUGCAUUUGCAGAUCUAAAGGAUGCUAUGAAUUGUGCAGAAGACUUGUUGAAAUUCUUAUGUCAGUGGUUGGUUGACAACUGCAUGGACGACAUGAAAUUCAUGGCAAAUCAAUUUGAUAAAAUUCUUUUCGAUCGUCUCCGUCUAGUGACUUCCAAUUCCUUUGAACGAAUUACCUACACAGAGGCAGUUGAUAUUCUGAAAAAGAAUGUCAAGUUUGAGAGGACGAUAGAGUGGGGUAUGGAUUUCAACGCCGACCAGGAGAGAUUCUUGGUGGAAGAAGUUUUCAAGAAACCAAUGAUUGUUUAUAAUCAUCCCAAACAAAUCAAGUCCUUUUCCAUGCGUCUCAAUGAUGAUGAAGUGACAGUUGCUUCCAUGGAUGUGCUUGUUCCAAAGGUAGGAGUAUUGAUGUCUGGAAGCCAACGGGUCAACCAAAUCGCACUGGCAAAUGAAACUUCCAGGCAGUCACUCAGAUAA